AUGGCUAAUGGAACACACGCAGAAUGCAGUGGUGUGGUUCAAACAUCAGUUACGGUAGGGACAAAUAGUUGUAUAUUGAGUUUUUUUGUGGUAAGUCGUGUUCAAAACGUGAUUCUGGGCCUGGACUCUUUGGGAAAAUUGGGUGUAUCGUUGAACACAAGAAAAAAAUUGGCAACAAUAGAUGGGGCCCAACUCGCUUUACAACCGGAAGUAGAUACCCCUCAGGAAAUGCUAAAGUGUUGCCGCAUACGAGUUGCGGAAAGUCGUGAUAUUAAGCCAUUUGAAGAAAUAUUCAUUUGGGGUAAAUUGGAAGAUAAGAAUGAAAAAUUUACUAGAGAUUCGUAUAUCGAAGAUACGGUGCAUUUUCAGCAGAGAACUGGGUUUCUUACAGCCCCGAAAAAGAUUUCGACAGAAAUGAUGAACGAUGAAAACAAAAUCCCCAUAUGCGUACUGAAUACUACUGAUAAAUCAAUCAGAGUUUAUAGAGAACAAACUGCGGCCACAAUUCAGGAACUGCCAAGUACCCACAACAUAGCACAUAUUUCAGAGUCAAAUAUGGGGGGAAAUAAUCCAUCAUCACAAUAUGACCCGGUCCCAGAAGUAUCAGUUGGUGAACAAUUGACAACACAACAAAGCGAAAACCUAGAAGUUUUAAUUCGAAAAAAUACACACUUUUUCGACUACCCAGGAAACAGUGGGUUCACCACAACAAUAGAGCACACAAUAUCCACAGCCGUAUCUGAUCCAAUUGUGUGCCACUCCAGACGAUACAACCUGGGGUUAACACAAAAAAAUUAAUGAAGCAGUAGGAAACCAUGUAAAGUGGGGACAAUUGACACCCUCUAAGUCCCCUUGGGCAUUUCCAAUUGUACCUGUAUUGAAACCAGAUAAAACAGUUCGAUUGUGUGUAGACUACAGACCACUUAGCAAAAUUACCCAGAAUGACCCAUAUCCAACUGGAAAUUUGCAAGAGGUUCUAGACAAUCUAUCAGAUGCUAACUAUUUUAGUGUUAUUGACUUGGCCCAAGGUUAUUUGCAGGUCCCACUGGCCAAGGAAGAUCGACCAAAGACAGCGUUUCGAUCACCUACUGGGUUUUGGGAAUGGACAAGAAUGCCAUAUGGUUUAAAAGGAAGUCCGGCAACUUUUUCUCGGUUGAUGCAGAAGGUUCUAGGACACAUUCCACCACAUCGGUUGGCAUUGUACAUGGAUGAUAUCUGUAUUAUUAGCAAUACAUUUGAGGAACAUUUGGUAAAUCUCCAGGGAGCAUUUGAUGCAUUGCGACAGCAUGGAUUACGAGUUAAAGCUAAGAAACGUGCUUUCGCAAUGAAAGAAGUGAAAUUGCUUGGACACAAAGUUUGCAACAAGGGUGUGCAGCCAGAGGAACAUAAAGUAAAGGCAAUUCGUGCAUGGGUUGCACCAACUUGUCUUAAAGAGGUGCAAAUGUUUUUGGGUGCAGUUGGGUGGUAUCGGAAGUUUAUCAAGGAUUUUAUUACAAUUGCUCGACCAUUAACAACGCUUUUGGAGAAAGAUGUCACAUUCACUUGGGGUAAGGAGCAAGAUGAUACAUUCAAUACACUAAGACAUGAGUUGGUUGAAGCUCCAGUAUUACCCCAUCCUGACCCCACUCGACCCUUUGUUGUUACCACGGAUGCAAGUAAAGUGGGUCUUGGUGGUGAACUAUCACAAGAAGAUGCACAAGGACAAUUACAUCCGGUUGCAUAUUUCAGUCGUGCAUUGUCCAAACGAGAACGUUCAUAUCCAACUUAUGACAGAUAA